UAUUUUUUAAGUGAUAAUUAUAUUGUGUUAUUUAUCACAUUUAAUUAAAUAAGAACUUAAUUUAUUAUUUGGAUUGACUCGACAAACAUUGCUUAUUUGAAAUGCUUUUGCACAACUAGCACGUAGGCCAUUACGUUAGCUUCUAGAAGAAUAUAGACUUUUGAGCUCCCACAUUUUUCUGACCAAGUGAAAUAUCGUGGCAUCACAUUAAUAGGCGGACGAGGAAUUCUGCCACGUCAAGGUUGAUAAAUUUUUAAUAGGUAAAUUUCAGGUAUAAAAAAAUAAAUAUUUAUAUUUUUAUGUUACAGUGUCUAUGCAUACUAGUGUCAUAUUUUUAAAAAAUUUGACGUAUUAAGUGUAGUGUAUUAUUUUUUAAAAAUUUAAUAUAUUUACAUAUACAUAUUGUAUCGUGUCCUAAUCUCAAAGGAUAGGGGCUCGGGAAUGGAACAGAAGUAAUUACAUAAGCAGUCCGCCAUUGGUCCCUCAACAAAACAGUGUGAUUGGUUGGUGUAAAUAAUCUUCCUAAGAUGAGACUAUUCAAGAAAGUGCUGAAACUUCUUGUUUGCCUUUUGGGCUUGUUUGUCAGUGUUCCCAUCUUACAGCUAGUCUAAAAGACUUUGGGAUGGAGGCUAAUUUCCUCUCAAACAAGUAAGCCACCAACAUUGAAAAAAAAGGGCCGCCAAGCAUCAUAAACUUGAUGGUUGCCUCCCGUGAGUCACAAUGUCACUCUAUAAAUACAUACAUAUAAUUUAUACAGGAAACAUUGUUAGCACUUGUUCUGUAGCAACUAUAUAAUUGAUAUACAUAUAGAGAUAUAUAUAUAUAGAGAGAGAAGUGUAUAUACAGGAACUUAAUGGCGAAUGUGAGAAGGAUGAAGUUAGGUUCACAAGGUUUAGAAGUAUCAGCACAAGGACUUGGCUGCAUGGGCAUGUCCACCUUCUACGGCCCUCCCAAGCCCGAUUCCGACAUGAUCGCCCUCAUCCACCACGCCAUUGAAUCCGGUGUCACCUUCCUUGACACCUCCGACGUCUACGGCCCUUUCACCAACGAAAUCCUCAUCGCCAAGGCUCUCAAGGGAGGGUUUAGAGAGAGAGUUCAAAUAGCCACCAAGUUCGGAGGUGUCGUCACUUCUGACGGCAAUUUUCAAAUCCGCGGUGAUCCGGCGUAUGUCCGGGCCGCCUGCGAGGCUAGCUUGAAGCGGCUUGACAUCGAUUACAUCGAUCUCUAUUACCAGCAUCGCGUCGACACUACCAUCCCUAUCGAACUCACGAUGGGAGAACUCAAGAAAUUGGUUGAAGAGGGUAAAAUCAAAUAUGUAGGUUUAUCCGAGGCCUCUGCUUCAACAAUCAGAAGGGCACAUGCUGUUCAUCCGAUAACAGCCGUACAGUUGGAGUGGUCGUUAUGGGCAAGAGAUGCAGAGGAAGAAAUUAUUCCUACUUGCAGAGAACUCGGCAUUGGAAUAGUUGCAUACAGUCCUCUGGGACAAGGAUUCCUGUCUUCAGGUCCCAAGAUGAUUGAGGAGUUUUCUAGUAAUGACAUACGCAAGGCUCUGCCGAAGUUCCAUCCUGAGAAUGUGAAGCAUAAUAAGAACUUGUUUGAGCAAGUAAAUGCCAUGGCAGCAAGGAAGGGGUGCACCCCAUCACAGCUCGCGUUGGCGUGGGUCCUACACCAAGGAAAUGAUGUGUGCCCCAUACCUGGCACCACCAAGAUUGAAAACUUUAACCGAAACAUUGGUGCUUUAUCCAUGAAGCUAACAAAAGAAGAAAUGGCCGAACUUGAAGCCAUUGCUUCAGCUGAUGCUGUUAAAGGUGACAGAUACGGGGACAUGUCACUCACUUGGAGGGAAUCAAACACUCCCCCACUGUCCUCGUGGAAAGCCGAAUAAAACAUACACCUCUGCCUCCUAUAGUUUCUUCAGGACUCGUGGUGUUGCAAUUUUCUGGUGUUCUAAAACUCGUUAGGUUCCUUCAUUUCACUGUGUUCAGAAACGGUACCGUAUUUUCCAUAUAUGUAUAUAUGCAUGCGUGUACAUCAGUACUUGCAUAUACUCAUAUUUAUGUAUAAUGUUAUACUUAUUUCACUGAAGUAGUUGGAAAUAAAGCUUGAUUGUUGUUGUUGGAAAUAACCCCAUAUUUGUAAAUGCGACAACAAUGAGCCCGUGGUUUGCAAUAAGUUUUAAUAAUAUCUAAUUUCUAAACUA